AUGUUGCCGUUGGUGGCCGCACAGUUCUAUCCGUUAACCAAGAAUGGUGAGAUUCCUUUGGCCCUUGAGCCAUACCAAGAAGGUCAAAACAUUUACAUGGAUUGCAUUUCCCGACAAAUAGAUACGGGAGAACACAAGCAGGAUUCGCAAGACAGAAUUUUAUAUGUACCAUUCCCGCCAUGUAAGGAGACAGGCCUCCCGCUUAUGUUCAAAUAUAAUGUCAAUGAAGACCUCAACUGCACCAUCUCGUUCACGGACGAGUUGUAUCACUUGUUCCAACUUUAUAUCCAUGAAGACGUUCCUUUCAACUGCAGGGUUCCAUUGAGUACCGAACAGAAUUAUUUGGAGAAAGGAGGAGCGUAUAUUCCGUUGAACUUCAACUUCAGGGGUGAAAUCCACGAUAGCCAUUUGGACAUCGACGAAUCGAUGAACGUGAUAUUCGUCAAGCCCAGAAAAAAUGAACUUAACACGUUGAUCAGUUCCAUCGCUUUUAGUUCUAGCACCAAUGCCACCAGAAUUGUCAUUGGGGAAGAUUUGACUUUGAAGUUGGCUGUCAGAUGGUUUGACAAUCUCAACGCCAUGGACUCUGUCACCUUGAACUAUAGAGAACGCAAUGGGCUUCCAUUUGUGGAUGGGUUUUAUAGCUUUCCGGUAAAUAUCUUGCCCAUCACCUACACUGCAUUCUUAGGGUACAUGACUUUGGUGGCAAUGGUAUCGGGGAUGAUCACGUUGGCAUUUGCCUACAAUAUUAUCAGCAUCAAGUUUGCCAAAAACAAGUAUUUGGCCAUUGACCAUGAAGCUGGGGUCGCUAAAAGAGACUGA